AUCAUUUACCGCGCAGCAUUGCAAGUGAACGCAGCAAUUGUCGGAGCCGUGAACUGGGCAUCUUGGCGGAAUUUGUGAUAAAGCUUUUCAAUUAAGAACGACAUCGAAUUAAUUGAGCAAUUGAGAACAUUCAAGUGCAGCUCAAUAAGAUAUUCAUACAGUGAUUGAUAGUCAGAUCAUUGAAGCAUUGAAGAUGUCGCAAAAGAACAUAGAAAGUGUAGAUCCUGUGAAAAGUAAAGAACCAGACAAUGACAAUGACAACGAUAAGGAUACGGAUGCCAAUUCAAACAGCACGGCUGAGGCGGAGACAGCUGCCACGCCCAAAGAGGAUGCACCAGCGGACUUUGACAAGGCCAUCGAUGCGGCUGGCUUUGGGAUCUUCAAUCUUCUGCUGCUCUGCGUUUCGAUACCCGCCCAGAGUGCUGCCAUUUUCGAGUCCAGCUCCAUGUCCUUUAUCCUGCCGGUGGCCGAGUGCGAUCUGCGUUUGACGCUCGAGGAUAAGGGUGUCCUGAAUGCGGUGGCCUAUGCAGGAAUGACCAUAUCGGCCAUUGCCUGGGGCUAUCUGGCCGACACCAAGGGCCGCAAGAAGAUCCUCUACUGGGGCUACCUGAUAGAUGCCGUUUGUGUCUUUGGCAGCGGCCUCAGCCAGAACUUUACAAUGCUGGUCGUGUUCAAGUUUCUCGGUGGAUUGGUUGUUAAUGGUCCUGCAGCUGUGCUGUUUACCUACCUGACGGAGAUGCAUGGCGCCAAGCACAGAUCCUCGGUGCUCAUGAUUGUGGGCAUGGUGACAUCAACGGCAACGGUUUCGCUGCCUCUCCUCGCCUGGGGCAUCUUUCCCAGGGACUGGGACUUUGAGAUUGUGGGUCUAACGAUUCACAGCUGGCAAAUCUAUUUGUUUGUCUUGGGUAUUCCAAGUCUUGUCAGCGGUUUGAUAUUUUGUGCCAUGCCCGAGAGUCCUCGCUUCCUCAUGGCCCAGGGACGCACGGAGGAGGCGCUGCAGGCCUUCCAGCAGAUCUAUCAUGUGAAUACGCGCAAGCCCAAGGAUACCUAUCCAAUCAAACUGCUCGUGCAGGAGGUGCCGAAUCGCAAGGCCAACCAGGACGAGGUCAUCUACACCAUUGAGGAGAAAACUGGCGAGAAAGUGGCGCAGAAGCCGCAGUCGCGCACUCUGAUGGAGAGCCUGCGCUCGGGUUUCGCCCAAAUGAAGCCGCUGGCACACAAGCCCCUGCUGCGCCUCUCCCUGCUGCUGUACAUCAUGCAGUUUGGCAUUUUCCUGGGCAUGAACACCAUACGCCUGUGGCUGCCACAGCUGUUUGCCUCCAUGGCGCAGUACGAGGCGGAGUUCGACGGUGCCACUGCCAGCCUGUGCACCGUACUCGAGUUUAGCGUCAAUAAAACAGCUGAGACCGCCUUAGAUUAUGCCAAUGCUUGUGCCGAGCCAAAGGAGAUUUCCAUGGAUAUGUACAUAAAUAACAUCAUUGUCUCGGCCUGCGGCUUUGUGGGCUACUUCUUUGCGGGUGGCAUUAUCAAGGCACUGGGACCCAAGCGUUUGAUGACCUACGGUCUGUAUCUGUCGGGCAUCUUUGGCCUGGUGCUUUACUUCUCGGUCAGCAGCCUGAUGACUCUGAUAGUCUCUGCCACAUUUCUGACCAUCACGGGCAUUGCAGUCUCCUCUCUGCUGGGCGCUGUUGUGGCUCUAUUUCCGACACAACUGAGAACUGUUGUCGUGGCCAUUGCCAUGAUGUGUGGACGCUUUGGUGCCCUGUCGGGCAAUCUGCUCUUUCCUGUCUUCGUUCAAAUCGGUUGUUUGCCCCCAUUUAUAAUGGUAUCAUCGGUGCUGCUGUUGGCUGGCACACUCUCCAUAUUUGUGCCCAAUCCAGCAAAGGCUACAUUUUCUUAAGACAUUUUAGUUCACCUUUCGGUGAAAGUUCCCCACUAACUGAGCGGAAGAAGCUUCUGCUGCAUUGUAGGUCUAAUUAUAAGCCAAUUAUUGGGACAAUUUAGUUGUACAAAUUAGCAAUUUAUUGGGGGGCUAAAGAUAAUGUCUGUAACUAUUUAUAUUUAGCAUAGGAAAGCCCAUUUAAAUAUAUAUUUAUUUACC